UAUGCAGCCGUCAGUACGUCACCACGGUGUUCUCCAUUGUCCAUAUACCAUGCUUCUAAUAGGAGACCUGUCGUAGUGAACGUGAAGUACAGAUGGACCGCAGUUUAAAGCGACGGCAGGUAAAACCACUUGCUGCCUCUCUGCUUGAUGCCUUGGAUUAUGACAGUUCAGAUGACAGUGACUUUCAAGUAGGAGAUGCUUCAGGGUCAGAGGGCACAGGCAAUGGCAGUGAUGAAGAAGGGUCCAAAGUGAGUGCAGGCGGUUCAGAAAGUGAUUCAGAUAAUGCUGCUUCAGCAGACGAUGACAUAGAUGAUGGGGAGACCAAAGACCUGGCUGCUGAGGAGAACUUGACUGAGGAUGAGGAGAAGAGCAAACGGCAGCAAUCGUCAGACAGUUCCACCAAAGACACUCCCACUGUCAUCGCACCCAAAGGCAGACGCAAGACCAAGAAAAUUUCAGAGCCCGCUGAAGCUGCGGAAACUGGAUCUUCCUUAGUGUCUGCAUCCAACAAUGUAAAUGCUGAAGAGUCUCAAGCUGAGCCCAAGAAAUGGAAUUUCCGCAGGAACCGCCCACUUCUGGACUUUACCACCAUGGAAGACCUGAACGAGAUGGACGACUACGAUAGUGAAGACGAUAACGACUGGAGACCCACAGCAGGAAAGAAGAAAGGCAAAGCAAACUCUCAGAAAGGAGGCACAGAUGAAGAGGGUGGUGAAAGUGCUAGCGAUGACGAUGACAACGACGACGAUGAUGACGACGACGACGAUGAUGAUGACGAUGAUGGCGACGGCGAUGAUGAUGAUGACGACAAGGAAGAUGGUGAGGACAACAUUAAUAGUAGCAGUGAUAGUGACAAAGAAGCGAAGAAGUCCAAAAAGAAGACAAAGAGCAGCAGUGCUUUCGAUGAAGAACUGACCAAUGAUAGCAUGUCCCAGGGAAAGGGCAGCGAGGGUGCUUUGCUGGAUCGGUCCCAGACCUGGAGCACACAACACAUUCUCAUCUGCUGCGUUUGUCUGGGAGACAACAGCGAGGAUGCAGAUGAAAUAAUUCAGUGUGACAACUGUGGGGUGACCGUCCAUGAAGGGUGUUACGGUGUGGACGGCGAGAGCGACUCGAUUAUGAGCUCGGCCUCUGAGAAUUCAACAGAGCCUUGGUUCUGUGAUGCCUGCAAGAAUGGAGUGACUCCCAGCUGUGAGCUAUGCCCCAACCAGGAUGGCAUCUUCAAAGAGACGGAUGCUGGGAGGUGGGUGCAUGUGGUUUGUGCCCUUUAUGUUCCUGGAGUGGCAUUUGGAGACAUUGAUAAGUUGCGACCAGUAACACUCACAGAGAUGAAUUAUUCAAAAUAUGGGGCCAAGGAGUGCAGUUUCUGUGAGGAUGCCCGUUUUGCCAGGACUGGUGUGUGUAUCAGCUGUGAUGCAGGAAUGUGUCGAUCCUACUUCCACGUCACCUGUGCACAGAGGGAGGGGCUCCUGUCUGAGGCUGCAGCGGAGGAGGGCUGCAACAAUUCAGCCUUCGAUGCUUCGUUGAACACACGGCUCUGUAGCGCCCGAAUCACUACUCGCUUGCAGCAGUACAGGGCAAAAGCUGAGCUGUCCAGAAACACUCGUCCUCAGGCAUGGGUACCCCGGGAAAAACUGCCAAGACCUCUGACCUCUAGCGCCUCAGCUAUCAGAAAGUUGAUGAGGAAGGCUGAACUGAUGGGCAUCAGCACUGACAUUUUCCCUGUGGACACAUCUGAUACCAGUGCCAGCAUGGAUGGUCGCAGGAAACACAAGCAGCCUGCUCUCACAGCAGACUUUGUCAACUACUACUUGGCUGUAAAAGCUAUACGAAAAAUUUCGUUGAAUUUCAGUGACCUUGACCUCAAGCUCUGUGAGUUUCUGGAGGAACUGCUGAAUGCAAAUGGAAAGCUGCGAAGUGAAGGCCAAGCCAUGUGGAGUCUGCUCGGCGGCAUCCUGGGCCAGAAAUUAAAUACUCCACCAAUCUUGAAGGCCCCAAAAGAAAGGAAGCCCAGCAAGAAGGAAGGAGGCACCCAAGGGAAGGCAUCUAGUCUGCCAGCGAUCCUCUACAGCUGCGGAAUUUGUAAAAAAAACCAGGACCAACAUCUGCUUGUACUGUGUGACACAUGCAAGCUCUACUACCACCUGGGCUGCCUGGAGCCACCGCUAACACGAAUGCCCAAGAAGACCAAGAACAGCUAUUGGCAAUGCUCUGAGUGUGACCAAGCCAGCAGCGAUGAAGCUGAUAUUGCCAUGGAGACGUUACCAGAUGGCACCAAGAGGUCCAGGAGGCAGAUCAAAGGACCGAUCAAAUUCAUCCCACAGGAGAUGUCACCAGAGCCCAAGAAACAUCAAAGAACCAGAGGGCAGAAGAGGAAGAGAGUUCCAGUCUGCGAGGAGCGAGAAGAUAAAAUUGAGGAACCUCUGCCACGGGAACGGCGACAACGCCAGUCUGCAAUGCAGAAAAAACCAAAAGCUGAUGACACGAGGACUGAGUGUACAACCUGCAAAGGACCAGGCGACAAUGAAAACCUUGUGAGGUGUGACGAGUGUCGACUCUGCUAUCACUUUGGGUGUCUGGACCCUCCACUGAAGAAAUCACCCAAGCAGACAGGAUAUGGCUGGAUCUGCCAGGAGUGUGACACAUCCUCAUCUAAAGAGGAAGAGGAAGAGCCGAUGGAGGAAGAUGAGGCUGUUCAAGAGGAAACAGCAGAGCGGGAGAAUCCAAACUAAUCCAGAUAGAGAGGACACAAACACACCUUAAUGGCUGCGCUGCCACUCUGCUUUUGUUGUUCAGACUAAAGCACAUGUAACUUUCUACUAGUUUCCCAAAGUUUGUAGACAAACAGCUUUUAGCUUCUACUUUAGGUUAGCAACCAGAGGUGUAUUUUGACAAAUGGUAUUCAAAUGUUGCUAUCUUUACUUUCAAGGGCAGAAUUUGUAAUUUUUAUGGAUGAGGGUGAAACCGACAGGUUUCAGACAGCCUUAUGAAGCACAUGAAAUCAUCCAGCACAGAAACAUAUAUUACUGAGCUCCUUCUACAGCAGUGUCUGACUCUUUACUCUGCUUUCAUACACUUAUGAUCAUCACGUCAUUUCCACACAAAGUAUGCUCAGUGUCCUGUUUACAAGAUGACACUUUUUCGUCAGAGCCCAUAGAGCACCCCCUAUUCCCCGCUGACCAUGCUUACACACUUAAACCAGUCAGAGGUCAGCAGUAAUACCUCCAACAACUUUCAAUGUGUGUUUAACUGGAGCAUUUUAUUUUUGUAUCUUAUUCAUACCACCUUAUUUCCUACUUCUUAUGAACUUAUGUAACUAAACAAGUGAGAAAAUAAAGUUUUAGGAUUUGUUUUUGUUUUUUUACUUUUAUUUUCAGCAGUACAAAACUUACUAUGCUACAUUUUGCCUUUGGAUCUUAAUGAAUAUCUUGUUUAGGAAAUAUAUCUACUUAAGCAUUUUAUUUAUAUACUUUGUAAAGUAGAAUUAGUUUGGAACUCUUUUACUUCUUUUUCAUAGCCAGAUGGUUGUUUGACCUGCUUGUUGGCUGUAAUCAUAACUAAAUGUCCAUGCUCUCACUCACUUUGCAAUUGAAAUUUAACAUCAAUUGAGGCCAAAGAGCAUGGCCCUAAGAGGUCAAGUGCACUACAACUUGAGAAAUUCAAUUAAGUUUUAUUUAUUUAGCGCCAAAUCACAACAACAGUCGCCUCAAGGUGCUU